CGGAGCAGUUGGUGGGUAAAAGAGAUACUGUAACCUAAGAUUAAAACGUACGCAUAAGGUCAAGUAUGACGGCCGUCCAUCCAGAGAAAACAGACCUUAGCAAGGUGGACGAUGAUUUGCUUGAAUUAGACGAUUACGAGGAGGACCCGCACGACAAAGAUGUCGCCACAACAUCUCACUUGCCACCGUACGAAUCAAACCAUUCAGGCCCCGUGAAAAUGGUACAACCCCGAGAGCCGACCGCAGAUGCACCGCCGGUGGUUACCGCUCAACCUCAAUCACAGAAUCCGCUACCGCAACCGGGCACUGCACAGACACAUGCUCCCGUCCAGCCUACAGCACCGAUGCAGGGACCUGGUUACACGGCCCAGAAUUUCAGCCCAGCGAUGUAUAAUCCUUUUACUGCAAACACCAUCCAGGAAUUGGCAAGUACGCACAAAAGUCGCAAACAGUUGGAAGAUGUACUUAAUACCAAUGCAAAGUCUUCGUAUCAAGCUGCCUAUCAACAGUACAGCUCACAGCACAACAAUCUCUCGUACGACCAGCUCUUGCAGACUCUAAUAUUUGAUGGAGAGGAGUUAUUGAUGGGUGGUCAAUAUAUAUAUUAUACCAGCGUUACAUUUCUCGACCCGACUGGUAAGUUUCAAAGUGGGAAACCUGCGAUGACUCGUGGGAGGGCAUUCCUGACAUCUAGGCGACUGUUAUUACUCUCGGCGGAAGAAGCUUCAGCUUCGGAUAUCACCGAGGAGAGAAUCGGAAAAACUUGCAAUACGUAUCAUUUGACGACCUCGAUGAUGGACUCUAUGUAUCUACAAAGUCUACCAAUGGAAGGAUUCCGUAGCGUCGAUUUGAAUGCUUCCGUUGGCGUGAAAACAAAAACUACUGUCCGGGGUAAUAAACCAGAGUGCUCAAGAACGUGUGGAAGCCUGUGUAUAUGUUUUAAACCCUGUUGCACAUGUUGUGAGAUUGAAAGCUGUAUGAAACAAUGGUCCGCCGACAUCCCGUCUACGCAGGUGCAAAACGAGCGAUACGUUACCAUAGGAACGCUGAUUCCACCCUGGGCUGAACGCAUGAUGGUGAAGAUACACUUUGAACAGUCGAUGCAGCUCAACUUCAUUAACAACUUCCUGGUAGAGAUGCAGCGCCACUCUCCAAAUAUCUACAAACUCGACAUGGGUGUGUACUCCUCGCCGGAGGCAUGCGUAGUGAUGCGUCGAAAUUGAGACCGUCCUCGAGCAAUAGUCCAACCAAAAUGUUUAAUACGAAAAUAUCUUCUUCGUCAAAGUGUUGUCCAGGCAAAAGUGAACAUAUAUUCAAAAUUUUUAUUGCAGGGCCAGAUGUCAAAGAAUUCACGUGUCAUGUAUUAGUGCAUUGGCAGCUUACCAUUAUAAUAUUUUUUCGGCAUUUUAUUAUUACACCGAAUUCAUGUUGUUUUUAUGUAAUCAUCAAUCCGCCCAUCUGUGUUAUUUCGACUUACCAAAAUUUCAUUUACACGAGAGCUUAAAUCAUACAAUUCAGUCCAGUGUCACCGUCCAUUCAAUAAUAAAAAGUAACCAA